GGGUUCAACCUACGGCCCCCCUAGGCUGAAUUGCUCGUUACGCUAAUGCCCCUUACUUACUUUAAUUUCAAAUGUACGUGGUAUUUAGUUUAAUGUUCAUGGAAUAUUAGGACGCCUCGUAUAAACUAUUUUUAAUAAUAUUGUGACAGUUUUUUGACAUGAGUUAAAAUAGCUUUUGUAUUUUUAUUUCUUUUCGAGUGCAAUUGAACAUACAUUUUUUCAUAAUGAACGAGAAACCUUUCAAAACUAAUGCUCCUUUCGGAAUAGCCACUAAAAGGUUUACUAAAAUAGGGUUCCACCCUGAGCUAGAUGUCUCAGGAGCUAUGAAGAAGGAAAUUACUAAAACUGGUCCUGGAAGUUAUAAUCCGAAGCAACCAAUUUGCUCUGGAAAGUCCAAAAAAGGAAUGUCAUGGUCUAAUAAACUGGAAUUAGAAGAGUUUUCCAAAUUUCUUGGCUUUAAAAAUGCUCAUAUAUUACGUGAAAGAAUAUUUCAAAAAUCGUUGCGUGGACCCGGAUCGCAAGAAAUAAACGAAAAUCUUUUUAAGACCAAGUCGGCAUCUGCGUUCGAAAAUGUCGGAUUCGGAUCUGGUAGUAGAAUGCAUAAAGAGAUAAUGGGACAAGAUUCCCCUCCGCCAGAUGCGUACUAUAGAAAACUAAUAGAAUCAUUUUCUCCAUCAAAAAAAUCAUUUUCUACCAUACCGAUUUUUGAGUCCGACGGCUUGAAAAAUAGGUUUAAAUCAGAAGCAAGAACUUAUCAUUUACCGCCAAACUUAUAUACUCUACGAGAUGGGAAACAUCUUGUAGAUAUUACUAAGAAGAGGACGUCCAUUAGGGGGCCGUAUGACUGUUUUACAGGGCCAAGAGAUGAAACAACAAUAAAAAAUUACUUUGCACGAGCGCCUAGAAAAGGUGCUGAUUAUUUUUAUAUUAACCCCAGUAAUACUGAUCACUUGUUGCAUCAUCCAUCAAAGAAAAGAUGUGGUAUGUUUUUAAAAGCAAAUCGUUUCCAAUCAAAACCUACAGAGAGAAGCUUGCUGAAUGAUCUUAGCUUGUGUUAUAGAAAUCCGAAUGAUCCUGGACCUGCGCAUUACGAUCUAAGCGGUACAAACUGCAUUAAAGUAAAGAAGAAGUCUCUUCAUCCAUUUGAUACUUCGAAUAUGAACGCAAGACCGCCGAUAGACUGGCGAAUAUCACCUGGUCCAGGAAGAUACACUCCCAAAUUACCACGAUGUAUGAAACAAAAAAGACAAUCUUGGGUAUUUCUAUCCCAGCAAGAUCGGCAACUUUAUAAAGUUAUUUCCUAUUCAUUGUAUAAGUAAGCAGUUAAUAUUCAUUAUAUGAAUAUAAAAAUGUCUUGUGAUCG